CCGACUAAUCUAUCAAUUAGAGAAUGUUUUGCCAAAAAAGUGUCGAACAGAUUGAUCAUAGUGAACUGGAGCUCCAUCGUGCAUAUAAAAAAUUCCUGCUAAAUUCAUCCGAUAUUCAACAGCAGGAACAAUUUCUUCAUCAAGCUUUUUGAGAUAACUGUGUCCAGUAACCGUAUCACGAAAGAAGAACGGUCCAAUAAGGUCUUCAGACCAAAUUCCGACCCAUACAAUAACGCCUGGGGCAUUCAUCUCUUGGGUAAUGAUGAUAUGAGCGUUUUCUGUAGCGCAGUAAAUGCAGUUAUCUCGAUUGAUAUGUCCAUUCAACUUGAAAGUAGUUUCAUCGGUCCACACAAUUCGAUCAAGCAACGAAGAGUUGUCAGCGACCAAUUUCAGAAAGAUAUCAGCAAAUUCACAGCAUCCGUCGGAAUCAUCAUCGCUCUAAUCAUGCAGUAAUUGAGGACGAUAAGUUUUCAAUUCCAACUCCUUCAUCAUUCGUUGAAGACUGCUUCUAGAUAGACUCAACUGCAACGAAGCUCUUCUCAAUGACGUUGCAGGACUUUUUCUUCUAAAGCUGCAGGAACAUGUUCUUUUUUAUCAUCGGUACUAACAGAUCUAGAUCUGUCAGGUCUGGAUUCAUCUAGGAUACUUCUGGUUUCAUCAUCAAAUUUUCGUACCAGAUUCAAAAUGUUCUUUCGUGCUGGAGUAAUUCCAUCAUAACGGUAUUGAAACUGACGAGUAACUUCAGCUGCAUUCUGGCGCAUAUGACAUACUAUUUUACAGUGUCAAUUCUUUCCGAUGACGACAAGCGAAAACUUCCAUUCAUGGUUAAAAAAAUCUGAAAAACACAGUUAGAACUGCACAAAAAACAGAUGAUAGACAGAGAACAAAAAAUGGAUCAGCCGAUAAAAGAGACGAUCAAUGGUGUUGUUGUCUGCAGACGUCAUCACUAGUGUACAUACAAAUACGACCAGAAGAAACAGAGUAAUACCCAUGUGAAAAUUUUUUUACUCUAAACGCGUUUCUAAACGUAUCUAAAACGCGUUUGGAACGCAUAGAAACAAACGCAUCUGAACGCGGCCAAAAUGAAACAUCUGACGCGUUUAGACGCGUCUCAUGGAUGCGUUUUGAUGCGUUCGAGUACAAACGCGUUCAAAUGCAUCCAAGUAGACCUGUGAAACAUUUGACGCAUCUAACGCGUUUCAAAAACUAAACGCGUCCAAACACGUUUGAAUAUUUACAGAAAAAAAAAAUAUCAUCUUGUAUUCGUAGAUUUGAACUACGUCACCAUCAGAAGCACGUGAUGGUCGGCUCUAUCCUAGAGGCAUAGUACAGAACAAGUGUAAUGACUUACAUAACGAAUUUAAUAUGUGCGAUGAACGAGACUAGAACAGAAGAACAUGUGAAUAGAAAGCAAGUGACUUACGCUUGAGCUAUAUCUGCUCGAUGAACUAUCGUUCAUGUAUAGACGUCUUUUCGAAAUUCGUUUCUAAUUAGAUAAUAAGUGUCGAAAUGUCAUAGAAUCAUAUUUUAGAUUUUAAAGAAAUAAUUUUCAAAUGUUAAGAAUCAAUUAAUAUUCAAUCAAAUAUAAAAAAUUGUAUUCUAUUGAAAUUCAAGUAUAUUUUUGUACAUAAUUAAUUUUUAUCUUUAUCAAGCAGCUUCAGAUAAACAGAUUAUAACAUAAUUAUUUCGAGAAAAGGUGAAUUUUUUUACCAAUAUUAAGGGUAUAUGAAGAUUCGAGAUCAAAACUUUUUAUUAUAAUUGAAAAAAAUCUACUUUCAACAAAAAACAUCUCUCUCUUUUUUUAUCGUAUUUUAAUUCAAAUUUAAUAAUGAAUAUCUGUUAGUUUUAAUAACUUUUCACAAAAGAAAGUUUCAUGAAAAUCUGAAAUUUCAAUUGAACUCAAAAACGAAAGGUAUAGUUACAAUAAAACAGAUGUUAUUUUCUAUUUUGUUCAUCAUGAGAUCAGAAGUAACACAAAUACCUAUUUAUGCAGAAAAAAUGCAGCAAACUCUUUAUUUCCGAAACAAAUUAAAUCAUAAAUACGUUCUGCAUCUGAAUAAUUAUUAAAAAAUAAGUAAUAAAACGAUUUAUUUUUAUUGUAAAUAAUUAAAUGAACACAUAUAUUAUGGUAACUCGACUGUUGAUUGUUAUUCGUCUCUUGUCCUCAAUAAUAGUUCAAUAUUUAUAAAAGUACAAAAGCAAAUUGAUGUUAAUGUAGAGAAAAAUAUCUGUAUGAUUUAAAUAUUCGAAUACUCGAAUAUUUUCCUAUGUAUCAACAGUCAAGAUGAAAAUAAGAUUUUUAGAAACAAAAGAAAACGAUUUUGUUAUUUGUUUAUCAUGAUCUUGAAAAAAUAAACAAAUCAUCUAUUUUUAUUGGUAAAUAUAAAUAAACAGUUAUUUUAUUUAAUAAGUCCAUUAGAAAGAUUUUAUAUAGAUUUACUUUGCAAAAGAAAAGAUUUUAUUCAUAUUUAUUCUUUAUUUAAACAAGCAAACAAAAAAUGAAAAUAUCCUUUGUUGCCGAAUGUGCAGAUAAAGAUAUUUUCUGAUAAAUCUAGAAACUUCUCUCAUGUUCUAAACCUAUUAAAUCAAGACUUUUCAAUAAAAAAGAUUUGUUUUUUAUUGCUUAGUAAAUGCUUUCGUUACUGGUUUUUAUCGUUAUAAAACAUCACAUCCUUUCAUAUCAUCCAUCCACGCAUUUAAAAGACAACAGCCUAAUGAAAAAUAAUAAACAAAUAAUAAGUAAUUGCUCUAAUUUUUUUUUCAUCUAACGGGAUAAAUACAACUGAAUAUUUAGAUCGUUGAUUAAGUAAAUUUAGAUAAUGCAACGAAACAAUUCUAAAAAUCAUAUCAUAUGGAUUGGGAAAAGAGCAGUUGCCUUUUUAAUUUUUAGAAAAAUUAUCCAAAACAUCAUUUUUCAUUUUAUGAUCGUAGUCGUAUACAUAAUGGUUUAAAUCGAAAUGUUUCUGUUGCUUCGAACAUAAAACAAACAACUAAUGUUGUUAAACAAAAGAAAAAUAUUAAAUGGAAAUAUUUACGAUUUGAGAAGUUUAAAGAAAAUUAUCUUUGUUUGAAUAAAUCUAAUGGGUUAUUUUCUUGUUUAGUAAAAGAAGCAAGUAGUGGAGAUGAUUCAAAUAAUAUUAUAUCAAAAGAUUCUUUCGAUGACAAUAUGGUAUUGAAGAAAAAUAUUCGAAGACGUACAACAAUUUCCGUAGGAAAACAACCAAAUAUCCAUCUUCAAAAACUAAAUAUGUCUUGA